UUUCGGUGGCUUCAAAUGAUGAUCUUCGCCAUCCAAGAAAUAAACAAAGAUCAAACACUCCUUCCAAAUAUAAAACUAGGCUACAGCAUUUAUGAUAACUGCCGUAAAGUACCACAGGCAGUCAGGGCAGCAUUCACUCUCCUUAAUGGAAUAGAUAACAGCAUCAAUAAUUCCAAAUGUGUUGGAUCACCUCCAAUUUCUGCAAUAGUUGGCGAUGCACGAUCAACACAGUCCAUUAUCAUUGGAAGAAUUGCAGGACGAUUUGGAAUUCCUAUGGUCAGCUACUCUUCUUCAUGUUCAUGCCUUAGCAACAAAGUGGAGUUUCCCACCUUUUUAAGGACAAUACCUAGUGAUAGUUUCCAAGCCAAAGCUAUGGCACAACUUGUGAAGCAUUUUGGCUGGACGUGGGUUGGGUCUAUAGCCAUCGAAGAUGAUUAUGGUCAAUAUUUAGUUCAGUUAUUUAAUGAACAGGUUCAGAAUUAUGGCAUUUGCCUUGGGUUUACAGAGACAAUUCCAAAAGUCUAUUCACAUGAAAAGAUACUUCAGAUUGUAGAAACCAUCAAAAAAUCUACAGUGAAAAUUAUCGUGUUGUUUGCUGGUGUGGGAGACAUAAUUAAUUUUGUUAAUGAAGUAGUGCGACAGAAUAUUACCAAUAGACAGUGGAUAGCAAGUGAAACUUGGAGUACUGCUGCUCUAUUGGCAACUAAAGAAAACUUUAAAUCAUUUGGUGGGACCCUAGGAUUUGCCUUUCGUAAUGAAAAAAUUCCACAAUUCAAAGAAUUUCUUCUGAAGGUGCAUCCAUCUUCAACUCCGGGUAAUGCUUUAAUAAAUCGAUUCUGGGAAAAUUUAUUUAGUUGUACUCUUAAUUCGCCCGAUUAUAUCACUUCAACGAUUAGUUCCAAACCAAUGUGCACAAGACAAGAAGAUAUUGGGAAAAUAGACAGUGUGUAUAGUGAUGUAUCACAAUUGAGAGUUUCAUAUAACGUCUACAAAGCAGUGUAUGCAAUAGCUCAUGCACUUCAUAAUUUGGUUACCUGCGAGUCGAACAAAGGACCAUUCAUGCACAAAACUUGUGCAAAUGUUUCACACUUUGAACCAUGGCAACUACUCCAUUACCUGAAAGAAGUUAAGUUUACAAACCGGUAUGGUGAUAAAGUAUAUUUUGAUGAAAAUGGCGAUCCUGUUGCUUCCUAUGAUAUCAUGAACUGGCAAAUGGAUGCAAACGGUUCUGUUAAAAUUGUAACUGUUGGCCUUUUUGAUGCAUCGGCAGCUCCUGGGCAGGAGCUUUUCAUUGAUGAAGACGUUGUUAUUUGGAAUAAUAGGAAAAAAGAGAUCCCAAAAUCAGUGUGCAGUGAAAGUUGCCCAGCUGGAACAAGAAAAGCCGCACGAAAAGGAGAGCCAAUAUGCUGCUUUGACUGUUUGCAGUGUGCAGAGGGGAAAAUUAGCAAUCAAACAGAUUCUAUACAUUGUUUGACAUGUCCAAUUGACUAUUGGUCAAAUCAAGAACAUGAUAAAUGUGUCCUGAAAGAAAUCGAGUUUCUUUCAUUUGAAGAUACCCUGGGGAUCAUAUUAACAACUGUAGCAUUGUUUGGAGUCUGCCUAACUGUUGUAAUAUUAGCCAUUUUUAUCCAUUACCGAAAUACUCCUGUUGUGAGAGCAAAUAAUAUGGAGUUGAGUUUUCUUCUGUUAGUUUCAUUAGUUCUUUGCUUUUUAUGCUCACUGUCUUUCAUUGGCCAGCCAUCUGUCUGGUCCUGCAUGUUACGACAUACAGUAUUUGGAGUUAGCUUUGCUUUGUGCAUUUCCUGCAUCCUCGGCAAAACAAUUGUUGUGUUAAUGGCAUUUAGUGCUACUCUUCCUAACAAUAACAUGAUGAAAUAUUUUGGGCCCCGUCAGCAAAGGGCAAGUGUUUUUGCAUGCACUUUUUUUCAAGUUGUAAUAUGCACUUUAUGGCUGGUUAGCGCACCUCCAUUUCCAAUUAAAAACACCAAACAUCAAAGUACUAAAGUGAUCUUGGAAUGUGAUGUUGGCUCUGUAGAAGCGUUCUCUUGUGUCUUGGGUUACAUUGGCUUGCUGGCAGCUAUCUCCGUCAUUUUAGCUUUUUUUGCACGAAAACUGCCAGACAACUUCAAUGAAGCCAAGUUUAUCACUUUCAGCAUGUUAAUCUUUUCUGCAGUUUGGAUAACUUUCAUUCCAGCUUACAUUAGUUCGCCUGGAAAAUACACAGUGGCUGUUGAAAUAUUUGCAAUUUUGUCUUCGAGCUUUGGUCUGGCUACCUGCAAUUUUGCUCCUAAAUGUUACAUCAUAUUGUUGAAACCAGAACAGAAUACGAAAAAACACCUGAUGGGUAAAGGAGGCUAA